UCUGCCUUGGAGCCAAUACACAGUAUUGAUUCUAUGUGAGGGGUUAAAAAAACUCAUGAUGAAGGUUCUUCACGUCGAUGGACCUGGAACAAUGUAUAACAAGCAUUUUCUCUCCUGUUCCAGGUACAAAUGGGGAGCAGUCCCCCUUGCCUACCCCUCCAAGUUCUCCCAGAAUGCAGGACAGCUGCAACAUUGCCCCGCUCACCCCUUCUCAGUCCCCGAGGAGUGAGGCUCGAGCCCCUCGGCCUGCUCCAUUCUCCGUGGUGGUGGCCAUUGAUUUUGGCACAACCUCCAGUGGCUAUGCCUUCAGUUUCACCAGCGACCCUGAGUCCAUUCACAUGAUGAGGUGAGGGGACCCUAAGGGCAGGGGUGAGGGAGGGAUGGCUCAAAUAGCACAGACGGAAGGCGAUUCCCCUGCAGUCUGGAAGGAUUAUGGGUGUAGAGGUCCAGAAUCAACCAUAAACUUAAACGGGAGAUGGGGAGAGAAGCAGACUCAUCCCCAACCCAAACAUUAGGGCCAAGAACCCCAGCUGGGAAGAGUCUAGGGCCGGCCAAACCACAGGCAGCUCCCUUAUCCUAGGGCUGAGGAAAGCAAUAGUAAUGAACUUGUUUCUGGAGAGGAGCCCAGUCUGCGAAAAACAGCCCUUUUGAGUAAUAUUUGGUAAUAUCACAUCAAUAUUUUCACAGCUAUAUCCAUUGAUAGAAUAGUGAAAAGAGCAAUGGCUUUAGAAUCAGCUAGGUGGUUCAGUGG